AGGAUCGGCAUGGGGGCCCUCGUCAUCUGCGUCAUCCUCUUCUUCAUCGGCGGCCUGCUCGGCACCACCGACCCCGAGACGGGCGGCUCCCCGUGGAUCUACAUGAUCCUGGUCUCCGUCACGCUGGCCGUCGCCGCGAUCCCCGAGGGCAUCCCCCUGUGCGUCACCAUCUCCCUGUCCAUCGGCUGAGAUGGCCCAGAAGCUGGUGAUGGUCCGCAAGAUCGCCGCUGUCGAGACGCUGGGCUCCGCGUCUGUCAUCUGCAGCGACAAGACGGGCACCCUGACGGAGGGCAAGAUGACGAUGACCAACAUGUGGUCGUGCGGCGUCGAGUAUGACAUCUCCGGCCAGGGGUUCAGCCCCGAGGAGGGGCACGUCUCGCGCGCAGGAGCAACUGGCGCCAACAGCAACAACGACAUGGGCGUGAAGAGCACCCUGCUCGCGGCGCUCCUGUGCUCUGACACAGAGCUGUUCUACGCCAUGGACGACAAGCUGGGGAGAGAGGCCUGGCAGUUCAAAGGGAACUCCUCGGAGGCACCCAUCGUCGUCGCUGCGCAGAAGGUCGGCUUCAAGCGGGAGGAGGUCGGUAAAGAGUACGCACGGCUCUUGACCAUUCCGUUCAGCUCCUCACGCAAGAUGAUGCUCACGGUGAGCGACGUCACGGGCAAAACGACCCUGAGCGCUGGAGGCAUGCGGCUUCCCCCGUCCACCACGAAGUUGGCUGUGGUGAAGGGAGCUCCGAACUGGGUGCUCGAGAGCUGCACUCAGCAGCUCACAGAAAGCGGCGUCAUGCCGUUGAGCGCGGCCGAGAGGACGAGCGUGAACAACCAGGUUGACAUCUACUCCGAGAAGGCUCUCCGUGUGUUAGCAGUGGCUGUGAAUCCCAUGGCCACCCCGUCCAUCGACCUGAUGAACGAGGAUGUCGCCAUGGACGAGAAGUUCGCAGCAUGCAAGAAGGAUCUCAUCCUCGUGGGUCUCGUUGCGUCGAUCGACCCGGACCGCAAGGGUGUUCCAGAAUCUGUCGUGAAAGCUCGAGGCGCUGGCAUCCGCGUUGUGAUGAUCACAGGGGACUACGUGAAGACCGCGAUCGCGAUCGCAAAGCGGGUGAACAUCAUCUCGCCGGAAGACGACAUCGAAGAGUGUGCGUGCGAUUGCAACAAGUUGCGCCCGAACGGCGGCUACAUCGGGGAGGCCGAGAUGGACGAUAUGACGAAGAGGGUGCGGUGCUUCGCGCGGGCGAAGCCCGAAGACAAGCUCAUGAUCGUGAAGUCGCUCCAGCGGCAGGGGUUCGUGAGCGCGAUGACCGGCGACGGCGUGAACGACGCGCCCGCGCUCAACGAGGCCAUGAUCGGCGUGGCCAUGGGCGAGGCGGGAACGGAAGUGGCCAAGGGCGCGGCCGAGAUGGUGCUGCAGGACGACAACUUCACGCGCAUCGUGGACGCGGUCGAGAAGGGCCGCGUCAUCUACGCGGGCAUCCAGAAGUUCGUGGCCUUCAUCAUGUCGGUGCACAUCGCGGAGGUCGUGCAGAUCUUCGUGUGCGUGGUGGCCCAGAUCCCGAUCAUGCGCACGCCGCUGCAGAUCCUCUUCCUCAUCCUGGUCACUGACCUUCCCCCUUCGAUCGCCCUCGGGAUGAUGGAGCCCGGCGAGGCGAACAUCCUGAAGCAGCCGCCGCGGCCGAGGGACGAGCCGAUCGUGCUCAACUGGAUGUGGGUCAGCAUGACGGUCAACGGCCUGCUCCUGUCGGUGGUGAUCAUCGCGGUCUACGUCUGGGCCCUGCUCGAGUACCCGGGCUUCGUCUUCCUCAAGGACUUCCCCAAGAACAACGACGAUUGCGACACCGUCGGCGCUGGCACGGAGCCGUGCGCGGAGUGGGAGAACGCGCAGACAUUAUUGAUGCACGCCCGCACCGUCGCCUUCAUCUCGUUGGUCUUCUCUGAGAAUGCCAGGGCCUACAUAUCCCGGUCCUUUGAUAAACCCGUGUGGGUGAACUUUUUGGGCAACAAAUGGAUGCAGAUUGCCGUGCUCAGUGCACUUGCCGCGUUGACCUUGGCUGUUAUCAUCCUCCCUCUGAUCACCGAGAAGAUCUUGGCUCUCAACGCGCUCGAGAUUGGCUGGAAGGGUUGGGGCAUUGCUCUCGUCGGGCCCGUUACGACGCUCAUCCUCUGCGAACUGUGGAAGAUCCCCACCGCGAUGAUGAAGAGAGCCUACGACGAGAAGGUCCGGAGCGAGCAGCUGCGCAUCGCGGGCGAGGAGACCGACAGCUCGUCGGACGACAGCUCCGGGUCCGACUCCGACGGCCUCUGAGGCGCCCGAGGUUGUGGUCUUGCCUCGUUGGCCGAGAGCAGCGGACGUUCCUCCUCCUCCUCCUCCUCCUCCUCCUCCUCCUCCUCCUCCUCCUAGAGCCGUGGCAGUGCUCCGCGUAAAUCGCGCAAAUCAGUUAAUCUGCCCUUGCAGCUGCGGGGCGGCGUGGCUUCGCCGACCCCCCGCCCGCCUCGGCCGCAGGCGUCACCGCCGGCGGGGGCGAGGAGGGGCGAGGGGGGAGUGCAGGCGCCCCCCCCUCGACCCUGCAGGGGCAAGGCGCGCCGUUGAAUCGUUUGUUUUGCCGAGCUCGGCGCCUGGUGCUGCCGAUGGCCGCUUGCAGCCUCUCGGUCACACGUGCGACAGGCAGCGAGGUGAUGGGGAGGGGGAGCUGGGCGUGCGGUCC